GGUCCAUCCAGGCCGCCAGGGGGGCCCAGCCAACCACACGCCCGACCUUCGUCGUCGGGCGGGCUGCGGCCGCAUGGCGAGCGACUGGCCGGAGGGCGCCGCCUGCGAUGCCGCCAGGGGGCGGGCAGCCACCUGGGCGCAGUGGCGCGAGGAGGGCCGCCGGUCCUUCUGCGAGGGCAGGUCCGAGGGGAGCUCGUGCGGCGAGGGCACCGCCGCGGAGAGCUCGGCGGGGCCUGCGCAGGAAGGCGCGGUCGAGAGGUGGCUGGGGCCGCCGCUGAAUUUCCUGCCCAGGAGCAUCGAGCCGAACGAGCUCGCGGACUACCGCGCGAAGUACCAGGCCUUCCGCGCUGGCAAGGCCGAGGGCGCGCGCGGGGAGAUCAGCCGCUUGUGCCCUUCCAAGGUCGACCUGGAGGCCCCCUGGCGAGAGCACGACAGGCAGCGGCACGCGCACCUGAUGCAGCGCGUCGGGAGCUUCGGCAGGAGAGGGGCCAGGCUGGUGCCCCUCAUCCCGCUGAAGCUCUCCGCGAGCAGCGCCGCGAUGAGCGCGCUGGAUGCGGCCAGCGAGUACCACCAGCGGACGUUGGAUGAGCUCGAGCAGCUGGAGCUGGAGGAGGAGGACGGCGACGAGGCGCUGAACCAGACGGCGGCGCCGACCCGCAGCGUGACGGAGCCGGUCCCGGGCUCGCCCAUGAAGCCGCGCAUCGCCUCGCCGGUGCCCAGGCUGAGCUGCGCCGCGAACCCUGGCGACGGCGCCGACGGCGACGGCAUGUUCGGGACGCCGUUGAGCUGGGGCGCUUCCGGCCUGUGCGUGCAGUCGAAGCACGGCGUUGGGCUGCUGGUGCAGAUCGUGUUGUCCCUCGCCUGCCUGCUGCCCUGCCUCCUGGGCGCCGAGCGGCUCUGGUGGCGGUCGCUCUGGCUACCGGCGGCGUACGCCCUUUGGAUCUGGCUGUCCACGCUGCGGCGAGGCGUGAAGUUGUACGGCUGCCAGCAGCUGAUCUGGGAGCACGUGCCGUGGGGCGACCUCCUGACCCAGGUGCUGCGCAUGGAGCGGCUGGUGAACGAGGGCUGCGUGCCCCGCUGGUUUCCGGAGCUGGCCGCCGCCAUGUACACCCUCAUCGCCCUGCAGGCCGCUCUCGGGCGCUCGCUGGGCGGCCCCAGCGGCGCCGAAGGGCGGCGGAUGUCCAUCUCGAAGAAGAAGCGCGGCACGAGCACCCCCACCCCGCAGCGGCACGACUACUCGUGCUGGGGCGCGGACACGGAGAGCGUGUCGGAUUGCAUCAUGGUGCGGCACGCCGCAUUCACCACCCUCGUCUCUUUCUACACCUGCCUGUUCGUCAUGGCGGUCUGCAACCGCAACGCCCCGUCGCUGUUCUCGUACGUUGAGCGGAGCGUGGACAGCAACCGAGCGUCCUGGCGCAAGCGGCAGCGGUACAGGCUGCAGUCAGUCGCCCUGUCGUUGGCGUGGACUUUGACAACGUUCGGGGUGUACAUGGGCCUGAUCCAGGACUCCCAGUCCCUCCUGGCGCGCUCGGUGUUUCUGGCGUCGGCGCCGUGGAACUUCGUUCUGCAGUUUACUCUGCUGAGGCACAUGCUGUUGAGCGUGCUGCUGUACCUGGAGGCCGUCAAGGCUCGCGCGGCCGCGCUCGCCUACUGCGACGAGGAGCGGGUGCUGCCCUUCACGUCGGCGCACGCCAUCUACGUGUGGUUCUCCGUAAGGCGCAACGUCAUGGCGAUGAACGAGGUGGCCUACCAGCACGUGGCCCCCAUAUUCGCUGCCUCCCUGCUCACCGCCGCGGGCUGCUCCGUGUGGGUGGUGACUCAGCUCGCGCAGCGCGGGCUCUCGGUGUUCGCCCUCACCAACCAGGGGGGCCUUUCGUUGAUGGUGGUCGCCUCCGCGUGCAUCUCGUGCAUCUUCGUCUCCUCCUUCCUGAACCGCCUGCUGGACAUCGGGAAGCUGGAGGAGGCGCACGCUCGCCAGCUGCGCAUCGCGCACCUGCGGCUGGAGCACUCGCGGUGCAGGCUGGCGAGGGCACGGAGAAGCGCGGAGUCGGCGUGGCGGCAGGCGGGAGGAUGUUCGCCGAUCAGAGAAGACGCCGCGUCGCUUCUGGAGGAUCAUGCCGACGAGUCGGCGAACGACAUCGACGAGGCGAUCGCAAUGGCGGAGAAGGUUGUGCUUCAUCUGGAGACCCAUGACCCCAAACCGGCCAUUUUCGGCGUCGAGAUCGGCUCCAAGUCGUUUCAGGUUGUGUAUGCGGCAUUGUUGUCGAACUCUUGGUAUUUGAUGGUGUGGGGCAUCCUAAUUCCACUAAUGAGCCAGGAAGACGACAAGGAGUAG